CAAAUUAUAUAUUAGAGACAGAUUCAUCUUUCAUACAGACCACAAUGGAAGCGAAUGGGCAUUGGAAGGGUACAUUUAUUUUCUAAGCCUGAGGCUCCAGGGCCCAAACGUAAUCAUCCAGAUCUGGCCCUUUCCAGGAGGCAGAAACUUCUGACACAGGCUAAUUAAACAUCGUUUCCUAGCGUGUUCCACCUGACAUCUAAAGUAGCAGAAUAGAAAUAAUCACCACAGACGAUGCUAUUUUCCCUCCGUGCAAGCUGCAGCUAGAAGCAAGGUCCUUUUUAGAGAAGGAGCACUUCUGAUCAGCUUUCUCUUCAUUCUGAAGUGAGUAAAAUUUCUCCAGAUAAAGAAUUAGAGAUUUGUCUGGAUUAAUCACUGCAGGUCUCUGAAUAAAUGCUACAUUCAUUUGACUCCUUUUGGCACAUGGGUUUCAGGCCCAGUUAACCAUUCAGUUGUCCUUAAUUCAUGGGGCUCCUGCAAUCAUACUUGGGAUGUAGGAACACCUAGUUGAGAAACAUUUAGAAGCACCCUUUUGAACCACAACCAAGAGAAAUGAUCAGUAGUCCUCUUCCAUAAGUAGGGAAGUCAGAAUAUAUUUAUAUUGAUUUAGACUGCACAUACAUAUUUUUCAGGUUUUCUUCCUGAGUAAAUGAAUGUAAAAUUAGUGUGAACUUCCUGAACACUCCCCAGUUAAGAGAAUAUACCUCAAAGCUUUCAGGCAAAGGAAAGCCAUAUAGGAAGGCCCUGCUGUCAAUCAUGCUUCCAGUUAACCAAGAAUUGACUGACUUCUUGAUGACCUCUUUUUGUUUGUUUUUUGUUUUUCAAAUUGUUUUUGUUUCAGUUAUGUUCUCUUUGGGCUAAAUCAGAGAGAGAUUGGGGUAGUCCUAUAAGUACUUGGGUAGUCUGUGGGGAAAUCUGCAUUUUAAUGAUGACAACUCCUAUAAAUUCAGUGUGCUUGGCUUGCUUUGUGGAAAAUUCCAUAUGAAGCUGAAGUCUAUGCUUUGGUUUCCCUAUUAAUCCUGAGAUAGUACCUGGCGUGUAGCACUAGAUGGCGCCAGUGAGCUAUGGAAAAAGGUAAUACGACCACAGUGGCCUUUUUCCCCCACCUCUUCCCCACAAACUUCACCCCUUCGGCUUCCAGCUUCCACUGAACCAGGCAGAAAACAGCCCGUGCUAUUAUUAGUGGGAAAGGGAAGGAUUAAUGAAGCAUAUUUCUUAUGUCAGUGCUGGAAGCCUUCUAAAACCUGGGACUAGAGUUUGCUGAGUUUUCUCUGGGGCCUCCCCCAGCUAGCUCCUUUUCCUGGGUGACUGCCCAAAGGCUCUGCCCCAGGGUUUCCAUCUCCUCGCCCGGGGAGCCUACAGCCUAGGCCGGAGGUGGUUAAGGCUUCUGGCUGCUCUGCAGCGGGGCCAUCUGUGUUUGAUCAGUCCAGGCAGAAAGGAGGGGGUGGGGGCCCUAAAGGGCCUGACAGCAUUCCAGAGAAGUGAGAGAGAACCGAGAUCCAGAAAGGGAAGGCCCGCCCCCACCCCGCCUCCAGAGCUCGCCCCGUGGGCUCCGGUGGCAGAGGCCGCCAGCUCAGGACUGCACACUUCUACUCUGGCCCCGCUCUCCCGCUGCCAUGGGACCCUGGACCCCCCUCCUCACCCUGCUCCUGUUGUCCUGGUCGGGACCCCUUCAAGGACAGCAGCACCACCUUGUGGAGUACAUGGAACGCCGACUAGUCGCCUUAGAGGAGCGGCUGGCCCAGUGCCAGGACCAGAGCAGCCGGCAUGCUGCUGAGCUGCGGGACUUCAAGAACAAGAUGCUGCCGCUGCUGGAGGUGGCCGAGAAGGAGCGGGAGGCCCUCCGAACCGAGGCAGACACCAUCGCGGGGAGAGUGGACCGUCUGGAGCGGGAGGUUGACUAUCUGGAGACCCAGAACCCAGCUCUACCCUGUGAAGAAGUUGAGAAGGUGACUGGAGGCCCUGGGACCAAAGGCAAGGGUAGAAGGAAUGAGAAAUAUGAUAUGGUGACAGACUGUAGCUACACCAUCUCUCAGGUGAGAUCCAUGAAGAUCCUGAAGCGGUUCGGGGGCCCCGCUGGUCUGUGGACCAAGGACCCACUGGGACCCACAGAAAAGAUCUACGUGUUGGAUGGGACACAGAAUGACACAACCUUUGUCUUCCCAAGGCUGCGUGACUUCACCCUGGCCAUGGCUGCCCGGAAAGCUUCCCGCAUCCGGGUCCCCUUCCCCUGGGUAGGCACAGGGCAUCUGGUAUAUGGGGGCUUUCUUUAUUAUGCCCGGAGGCCGCCUGGAGGACCUGGAGGGGGUGGGGAGCUGGAGAACACUUUGCAGCUCAUCAAAUUCCACCUGGCAAACCGGACAGUGGUGGAUAGUUCAGUGUUCCCGGCGGAGGGUCUGAUCCCCCCGUACGGGCUGACGUCAGACACCUACAUUGACCUGGCAGCCGACGAGGAGGGCCUCUGGGCUGUCUAUGCCACCCGGGAGGAUGACAGGCACUUGUGUUUGGCCAAGUUAGACCCACAGACCCUGGACACGGAGCAGCAGUGGGACACGUCGUGUCCCAGAGAGAACGCCGAGGCUGCCUUUGUCAUCUGCGGGACCCUGUACGUCGUCUAUAACACACGCCCUGCCAGUCGGGCCCGCAUCCAAUGCUCAUUUGAUGCCAGCGGCACCCUGAGCCCCGAAAGGGCAGCGCUCCCUUACUUCCCCCGCCGAUACGGUGCCCACGCCAGCCUCCGCUAUAACCCCCGAGAGCGCCAGCUCUACGCCUGGGACGAUGGCUACCAGAUUGUCUACAAGCUGGAGAUGAGGCAGAAGGAGGAGGAAGGCUGAGGAGCGGCCUGACGGGUCCCUCAUCUCGCCUCACCUCCCCGCUCAGUUUCCUGUUCCUCAGUCUCCGAUCGUGGGCAAGUUGUAGUUCAAAUCUCAUCUUUUUUAGCCAAUGGAAGCCAAGUUCCCAUGGCCCCUUCAUUUCAUACGGGACUCUGGAUCUUGACUAACCCUUUUAGAGCUAAAAGAGAGAAAACCCUAAGGGUUCACUCCUUUCCUGCCCCAUGUCAACAAAUUUCAGGCCAAAGAUGACCCAGGCCCAGAGCUCUGACCCUUGAAUGGGCGCCACCCCAGUGAGAGGCAACAGAGCACUUCUUGCCUCGGUGUGAGGCAGAGGAGACAGGACUAGGGGGAGACUUUCAACUCUGCCCUCUCUCCCUUCAGUGCCCUAAAGAAUGGGACUCUCUCCGCCUCGUUUUGUACUGAAACGUUUUGCAUUAAAAGGAAAAUCCACCCCUC